CCUCUGCCAGGCCCUUCCCUAGAAAAAAUUUAUAGAAAAUUAUUUUAUUUCUCUAGUUAUUUAUUUAUUGACUGCCAAAUGGAAAUGAUUGGGUGUUUUGACGAGCUGUGUGUUAAGUUUACUGCAACUGGUCAUAAUCACGAAGGAAAUGCUAUUGAUGAAGCAUUGAUGGUGGCAUUACAUUUAUUUUAGAAAAUAUUUUCUAUUAGACAUAUUGUUGUUCCAAAAAUUAAUUCAAGGAAAAAAGCGGAAAAUUUUAGAAGUUGUGGUCAAAAGUAUGGAUGUAUGCUUCGUCUCUUCGUUGUUACAGGCAGUCUCAACUACAUCAAGGUUUCUCGUGGUCGUCAUCACGGACAUGCAGGGACGAACGACAGAGCGAUUCGAAAUGCAUUGCAUUUCAUUACAUCUGACAACAUCGCUGAUGGAAUUGGUGUUCCAGAAGAAUAG